AAACCUGAUUGGUUCUGGAACGUCAAAGUCCAUUUAUCUAAAUGUUAAAUAUCCCCCCAAAGAUGUGAGAGUAGAAGCACAGCCUGGAUCUGUUGUGGUGGAAAAUCAGACUUUCUCAUUGAACUGCAGCUUCCAUUCUAACCCAUCCAUCACCUCACUCACCUGGAUGAAGAAGACCAAUGACAGCAGAGAAAUGACUGUGAGUUCUGAGAGGAGAUUCUCUGUGAAAUCUGCCAGUCCCUCUGACAGUGGAUGGUACAGCUGUUCAGCUACAAAUGAUGUUGGAACAGAAAAAUCCCAGCCUGUACAGAUUACAGUUUAUUAUGCUCCAAAACGAACAACAAUCAUCAAAGAUGAAGAACAGGUGCAUGAUGGGAAACGUUUUGUGACUCUGAGGUGCAGCAGUCUCUGUGAUCCUCCUGCAACUUAUGUCUGGUACAAAAAAAGAGAAAAUGAAAAAGUUUCUGAUGGAAAGAAGUUAACAGUGUCCUCAGACCAAGCAGGAGAGUAUUAUUGUGUUGCUGAAAAUGAGAUCGGUCAACAAUUAUCUGAACCUGUGAGGCUGUUUGAUGAUACCAAAGCAACGAAUGUAAAAUUUUUAUUAAUUGCUCUGAGUUUUAUUGUCAUAAUUAUUUUUGUUUUCCUAUUAUACAGACACAGAAGGAACAAAUUACUUCAGCAAGGAACUACGACCAGACCAAUCUGCAGUAAUUUUGUGGUUUGUUGGAGUGGAGCUUUCAAUCAGGCGGCUUCAGCAGAGCCUUUCAGAGAUGCUGAAGUGGAGCAUUUACCAGAGCAGGACUGCCAUCCAAAACCAUCCCAAGGACAACAGCGCCCUCAUGUCCCUUCUCCAUCCAACACAGACUGUGUUUACAGCACUGUAGAGCUGCCCAAGCAGAUACAGACUUUCUCAGCAGACAAGCCAAUGACAAAGCAACAAGAAACAUUUAACCUCUGUCAUUACCAACCGGGUUUACAUUGGAAGGAACAGAAGGAGCAGAUGGAUUAUGGAAACAUCGGUGAUGUUCACGCAGCCAAACCUCAGAAUGUUUUCAACUCUGACUGUGAUACUAGUGAAGAUGCUGUGGAAGUCAAUUACUCACAGGUGAACUUUAAACCAAAGCCUGGAUACCAGAGAACCAAGAACAACUCCAGCAGCUCUCAGGAAGAAACUCACUAUUCUCAAAUCAAAUAUAACACCUGA